UUUCAGGUCCCACAGUCAAUACAGGACAGGACUCCUCCGCAGAGUUCCCUCGCCCUCCUCCCCUCUUCCCUCCCCUUGCCCUCUGCUCGGUAGCUGCGCCCCGGCUGCCUUGUCAUUUUCCCGCCCCUCCCCUCCCCCCCUUCGGAAGCACGCGCCAUGUCUCUCGGGAUCCCCGUGAAGCUCCUGCACGAAUCGUGCGGCCAUACCAUCACCGCCGAGCUCAAGACCGGUGAGGUAUACCGCGGCAAGCUUGUCGACGCUGAGGAUAACAUGAACUGCCAGAUGGUUGACGUUACUUUCACGGCUCGUGACGGUAAGACCUCGCGCCUGCGUCAUGUUUACAUUCGUGGCUCGCACAUUCGCUUUUUCAUCGUCCCCGACCUCCUGAAGCACGCUCCGAUGUUCAAGCGCGCUGGCAUCAAGGGAAAUAAGGUCCCCUCCGAGGAGAAGCCCGGGAGUGGAAAACGCCCUGGGUCGGAUGCUCCUGGUGGCCCGGCCAAGCGCGCCAACAACUAAGUCCAAUUUACGGGGUUCCCCACGCACGCGUGCAUCUUCGAUGCCAUGACUUUGCGUGACCAGGAAGAAACGGGGCCUGCCCUCUCUCCCUCCCCCUCACACGCGACGACGCCUCCUCUACUUUACCCACCAUAUAUCUCCUCCUCCCUCCUCUCAUCUCUGUUCUGGGACUACAUCAGCACGAUUGCUCAUUUCCCUGCCUCUCCCCUCAUAUGGGCGGGGGAGGCACAUCGCCCGCAUGAUGGAGCCCUAGCACGGUCUGUCCUUUGUCCUUCAUAAUACUAAACAUCUGAGUUUGCC